AUGUCAAAAAACGCAUACCUGCCGUAUUAUAAGACGGCCGAGGGGGCUUACGUUCGGUCCAUGGAACAAUAUCGAGAAAUGCACAAGAAAUCGAUUGAAUUACCCGCACAAUUUUGGUCGGAAAUCGCUGUUCAGUUUCAUUGGGAAACGCCGUACGAUGUCGACAACUUUUGCUCGUACAAUUUUGACGUGACUCGCGGGCCCGUGAAAGUCAAAUGGAUGGAAGGUGCUACCACAAACGUGUGCUACAACCUGCUGGACAAGAACGUGCGCAACGGAAUGGGUGACAAAGUGGCUUUUUACUGGGAAGGCAAUGAUCCAGAAGACUAUAGUAAAAUCACAUACAAAAAGCUUUUAGAAGAAGUAUGCAGGUUUGCAAACGUAUUGAAAUCCAAAGGCAUAGUAAAGGGCGAUCGUGUUGCUAUUUAUAUGCCAAUGACUUUAGAAAUAGUGAUUACUAUGUUAGCAUGUGCAAGAAUCGGUGCAGUACACUCUAUUGUUUUCGCAGGAUUUUCAUCCGAUUCAUUGGCAGAACGUAUGGCUGAUUGCAAAUGUAAAGUCCUCGUGACAGCUGACAGUGUAUACAGAGGAGACAAAUUGUUGAACAUUAAAAGUCUGUGUGAUAUUGCAAUGGAUAAAGCCAAAAAUUUCGGUCACGAGAUACCUACUUGUAUAGUAGUUCGUCAUUUACCAAGGCUUUACAGAUCUAUGAACACGACUAAUGGCACAAAUGGGUCUGAUUCUGAUACAAUAGAUCUACAUUCAGAUGUACCUUGGACUGAUGGACGAGAUUGUUGGUGGCAUGACGAGAUGGAUGACGUAGAACCAGCUUGUUAUCCAGUCUGGGUGUCAGCAGAAGAUCCAUUAUUCAUGUUAUACACAAGUGGUUCUACGGGGAAACCGAAAGGAGUUCUUCAUACUACUGGCGGAUAUUUAAUUUAUGCUGCUACUACCUUCAAGUAUGUUUUUGAUUAUCAUCCAGGGGACGUAUAUUGGUGCACUGCAGACAUUGGCUGGAUCACUGGACACUCAUAUGUCGUUUAUGGACCUUUAGCUAAUGGAGCGUCUUCAGUUAUUUUUGAAGGAACGCCAUUUUAUCCUGACAACGGAAGAUAUUGGUCAAUAAUUGAAAAGUACAAGGUUUCACAAUUUUAUACAGCUCCAACAGCAAUCCGUGCUCUUAUGAAAUUUGGAGAAGAACCUGUGAAAAAGUAUAACCUUGAUACAUUAAAAGUAUUGGGUUCAGUUGGCGAACCAAUUAACCCAGAAGCUUGGUUGUGGUAUUACAAACAUAUUGGUAAAGAAAGGUGUUCUAUAGCUGAUACAUUUUGGCAAACAGAAACUGGAGGCCACGUGAUUACUCCACUUCCAGGCUGUACACCAAUGAAACCCGGAUCAGCAACGUUUCCAUUCUUUGGUGUCAAUCCAAUUCUUUUAGAUGAGAGUGGAAAAGAAAUUAAAGGAGUUGGUGAAGGAUACUUAGUGUUUAAUAAACCUUGGCCUGGAAUGAUGCGUACAUUGUUCGGUAAUCACGAACGAUAUCAAUCAGUUUACUUCAGCAAGUUUCCAGGGUACUAUUGCACUGGCGAUGGUGCAAGAAGAGAUGAAGAUGGAUACUUGUGGGUGACGGGAAGAGUAGAUGAUAUGUUAAAUGUAUCUGGGCACCUUAUGAGCACUGCUGAGGUGGAAUCUGUCUUAACUGAACAUCCAGAUGUAUCUGAAGCUGCAGUUGUAUCAAGACCACAUUCAAUAAAAGGAGAAUGUCUUUAUUGUUUUGUUACUCCCAAUAAUGGUAUACCUUUUACACCAAAACUUUCAUCUGAGUUGGUAAAAAAAGUAAGAGAAACAAUUGGACCAUUUGCAAUGCCAGAUGUUAUACAACAUGCACCAGGUCUUCCAAAAACCCGUUCUGGAAAAAUAAUGAGAAGAGUUUUACGAAAAGUAGCUGUCAAUGACAGAGAUGUAGGAGAUAUCUCAACACUAGCUGACGAGCACAUAGUUGAAGAAUUAUUUAAUAACAGACCAGAGAAAACAUAAAUGAUAACCAAAAAUGUAUUUUUUUUUUUUUAUGUACGGUUUGGUGCAAACGACUUACAUAUCAUAACUAUGAAUUUUUUGUUUAAGUCCAAGUAGUAUGUAAUUAAUAAAUUAUCUUUAACAAUUUGACUAAGGUAAAAUAUUUAGAUGCUCAUGGCAUAGUGUAACUACUAUAUACUUACAAGGGAUUAUUUCUGUUUUCUAUCAAUUACUUUUUACAGAACAUUUUUAUUUUUAAUUGUGAAUUUUUAGGACAAGUAUUCUGGUAUACUUAUUAAUUAAUAUAUUGAUUAAUUUGUAUACUUCCAUUAUUCUUGGUUAAUAAUAUUUAAAGACUUAUGAAUAUGUUCAAACCUGUAUUGAAAUUUAAUUUCAAACACUAUGUUAAUUCUAAGAAAAUUGUUGACUCAACAAGAUAUUAAUCUAUAAUAGAGGUGAUAAGUAGAAAAAAAU